UUGCUGUAGCCUGUUGCUGGUUGUGCAGAGCACGUUAUCGCUUUGAACUGAUGCACGGCUGUGGUAUGAUUUCGAGGCUUUUUCGUGUGUCUUUACUCUUAUGCAAAAUACCAACAACACCAUUUCUAAGUAAACGUUUCUAACCGUACAGAAAGGAGUAUCUCUUAACCUCGUUUUUGCGAAUUUUGCGCUUUGUACACAUUACUUCAAAGCUUCAUUUUUUCUCUCUACUUUAAUAGAAACUGUUUGGCUUGUUUUCCCUCUUUAACCCUAUAAUAAAUAUGUGGCAAAUACCCCACUUAUGUAUACCCUCAAUUCUGGCUACUCAGGUCUAGCAGGUUGAAGUGGAAGUUAUGCUUGAUUGGAUAAUUUUUGCCAACCCUCUAUGCGCUCUCCGUCUGUGCAGAUGGUCAUUCAAACAUGUACAUGUCAGGCAACGUACUGAAACACGAUCUUCCUCCUAACCAUGCAAUUAUCAAAUGACCAUUUGUUACAGGCUAUACUCUUCUUACUUCGCUUCGCCAACUGCACACUGUCAGUUUAGACUCGUUAACAACAACGGAAAAAAGUGUCGACGACAAUAACCGAAUGGAAGAUACGAUUUUGGAGGUUCAAAAUGGCAAUUAAAUUCAACACUCAGAUGACGAUUUGCACCCUUAAAAUGUAAAUGGAUCUUUUAUCACUUGAAAGCAACAUUAACAAAAAAUAAAAUAAGUUGUUAAUAGUUCACAUUUAACUACCAUUUCUUUGAAAGGAAAUAUAUUAUGGCAUUGCUCAUCCCGCACUGAACGUCACUAUUUAACACUUAUUUAUUGAUGUUUUGCGAUAAACGAACUUUUAAUUUUCGAAACUCAUUAAACAGACUAUACGCUAUACACUAUACACUAUACACUAAACUAUACACAAGAUCCAAGGGUAAGGUGGAGCAAUUGGAAAAAAAGUCUGGCAAAAUUUUCAAAGGCACAUACACUACGAUACGACUGGGCAACAAAAUAACCAAGGGAAUGGCCACACAAAUGGCAACGUCAUCAAAACUAAACCGUUUGCUUCGGUCAAUUUUGCAAAAUUGCAUGAAAACAAAAAAAGAGAAGAGCACAAACAAAUCCGAAUCUACUGCGUUUUUCUUUACUCAACAACGCUCUAUGAACAUUAACUAGGGAAGGGAAAUGAAAAAUGUACGAUAAGAGUAAAUUUCCAAGAAAAAACUAUUGUUUGGUUACCUUACAGCCGAAAAAAAAUCCUGGAUCCUUGUACACCGGGCAUGCAUGAUGCUACCUUUGGUGGCAUUUAAAUCUUUCAUCCAAACCUAGAGAAGUGUUCCCCCACCCUUAAUUAUGCGUUUUUGCAAAACGGCGAUCGUGGUUUAUAAUAAAGCUACGCAUAAUAACAGGGUAAAGAUCGCCAAAUGGACGAACGCCAUUGUGACUAGACUAACGGGAGACUCCCGCAACUCUGCUCUCCGCAAAAUGUUGAUGGAUGACGUGUCUUUUUUGAAGAAGUGUUGUGCUUGCCGCUUGCCGAUCGUGCAGGAAAAACAUGCCAUUCUGAUUUUGAUUCAUAGAGUGUGACUCAACGAAUAUUUCGAGAAGGUAUAAAACGAUUAACGUUAGGAAUUUCACAACCAUGUGUUAACACAACCAUAAUUCAUUUUUACCUAAGUUUGUUUGUUUCAAGUACUCCAAAUGUAUCGUAAUAUGAACGAAAUUGCCAUACUCACUGAAAUUUGGAUUUCUGAGAUUAAUAAUUGUUUUUGAUGUUAUUUAAGAAGGCGAAAAAUGCAAGACUUUCCCAAAUUUGUCAACACUGCCUUCCGAAACGCAUUUGCAUAAACGAUGUUGAGGGGGAUUUUUCGUAGCACUAACAGCAACGGACGGAGCGAUUGAAUGAUGAAAUAUUGCCUAAAUGUGCUACAUAUCACGCCACUUUCUCUCGCAUUUCAUCAGCUAAUGUUUCGCAUUUAUUCUCUGUUUAUUUAAACCCAACGCAUUUAUAUCCAUCAUUUACAUCAUAUAAAAAGCGUAUUAUAAUUUAAAUAUAACCAAUAUGUUACCAAUAACACUCUGUGCAACGCAGUGAACCUCCAAAUCUUCUUUCUUUACAUGUUCUCAGAAAAGAAAAAGAAACAAAAAAAAAAACAAGCCACAAAUAACUAACUACGAAACGUGUUCACCGAAAUUCGAUUCAUGCUACCGGUAUUGCGGAUAACCCUCAACCAUCUUGGGUGAGGAACGGAACGCAUGAUAGCGCCACGAUCGUUUUUAUUCAUAUAUAACCUCUCCGCCCUGUGAGUGUAACGAAGGCUACCCUAGGAGACACCCGCCACAAAAAGGGAAGUCGCGAGCAACAAAACUUACAAGGCAGGUCUCCUGCAGUACCAGCAUGAUCGUUCGUCAGUCGGCCGUUUCCAACCACACGGCCUACUUUGCUAUGCUGUGCAGACGAAUAGGACACGGAUCUACGCAUGAUUAUGUGUCAUGAUUUUUUCACCGUUUUUUUGUUUUGCUUCUUUUUUGUUGUCUAUCCCACUGGCACGCAUUUUAGAACAGAAGCUUGGGGGGCCGAUAAAGACCGAGCGUCGGUUUCACGGCAGUGCUGCCAAUAUCAACCUCUCCAUCGGUGUUGCCCGUUCGCGUUCGAUCGCAACGAAACCGGUCCUCCGCGCAAAGAGUAGCCAAUCCAAAGCACACCAUGAUCGCGAUCUCACAGGUAAACUUAAGCGUGGGAAACGAACGUGAACGCAAGAAGCUCCUACCAUUCGCCCAACAGACUUCGCCUCGCUACGUUCCAGCACCAAUCUACGACACAUGGGAAAGCUAAGGAAUUCCACGCAUACGCGUGCAGAGGAAAGCCCACUGGAAGGCACUCAGUCACUCAUGGAUGUAUACGCACAACACAAAACAGAACCGGAGUGUAGCUGUCUCGCUCGAACACACACGUGCUCUUCGGCGGGCUGUGUUCGCUCGUUUAAGGGAUGAUGUGUGUGUGUGUGCGUGUGUGCCAGAGUUACCACUACAACCAGCGAUGACGCGCGUCCCCCUAGUAGAGAUGCGGUCGCUUCCACGACGAACUUUUCAGCACGCUGCAUUCAAUUCCAAAGAGUCCGCCAUCCAGUGUGGAAUGGAUUUCGCUGCCCCGGUUCGAACAUGAUCGAGUAGCAAGAGAUCACAUCUCAUUUUUGUUGUUGUUGUUGUCUACUGCCGCAGCUAUUAGCGCCGACUGCUGCUUUCGCGCUCGCGAUCGGUGUGCUUGCGUUUGCGUUUGCGUUUAUGUGUCUGUAUAUGUGUACCUGUUCGUGUGUAAUGUGUGGUGUGUCUGUGUGUAUGUAUGAGCGUGCGUUUAUGUGAUCUCCGGAGAACCGCGCUGUGUCUGUGUCCACGAUCUUCGGCACCCUCGAAAGCCACGAAAGGCCGCGGAAUCUUUUACUGAAGUGAAACUGUUCAGCAUAUUAAAUCUCGUCGUGUACACAAUUUCUUUUUUGUUUGUUGCCGCCGUCUUUGUCGUCGCUUGUGCAUUAGAAGUAGGUAAACGUUCGAGCCGUCAAGCGUAUCCGUGCCACAUCUGUCUUUCUGUCUGUCUGCUAGUGCGUCGUCUUUGCUACGAAUUUUUCUCUCGUAUUUUAAUGUUGCUCUGUGUGCUGGGAUCUCGUCCCCCUGCCAAGAGCAUUGGACGAGUCUGUAUAGAACAAGCAAACACAGCACGCAUGGAAAAAACAACAUACAUUCGCGCACAUGUGCUUCCAGUUGUUUUAAAUAAAGUCGGGCAAACAAAAAAAAACACAUAACAUCCAGCAGCUAGUGCAUCAUCAACACUGUGUUUUCAUCGCAGAAAACCCAAAGAUAUGAUUUGAAGUGUGACAGAAAUGCUGUAGCUGCUGUAGCUAUAAAACGCCUGUGUAUGUGCUAUUUCAUAUGGAGAAACAUUUAUCAUUUUUAACGGUACCGGAACAGCAAGUGAACUGGAAAGCUAGCCUAACAGCAACAUUCUGUAUUUUUUGAAGGCCAAAAACGAUGAGCUUCAUUCAUACGUUCUACUGCACUGUCUGUACAUUCAGGUUUAUGGCAUAGCAGAUUUAUUUAUGAGACGUUUUGUCAUUUACAAAUAUCAAACAAGUGAUAAUUUACUACCCGUUUAAAGUAAACGCCCGGAAACUGGGAUUAUGUUAAGGUGCUCUCUAAAAAAUAUGCCUUUUUAAUAUCGUUUUUGAUGCAUAAAAUUUCAAAGAUAUAACAGUGGACGUGAUAGUGUUUGACAGUGCGUUUGUAUACGAAAGCUAUAACUGCAUCGACAACCUACAGUCGCAGCGUGCAUGCAGCUGGUAACCAAAAGUAAAUAAGAUACCGGUGCCAACGAUGAACAUCCGGUUCUUCGCAAGUGAACAAACAAAAAUGUAGAACUGACGAACAGCAAUACAUGGAUGGAAUAAAUAUGCCGUCAAGACUAUUUCAGGUCAAUUACCAACAAUUUGCUGUUACCGUGGACAAACUUUACAAUCCGCUUCCAGAGGAAGACGAUUCAACAGCACCACCAUUAUUGGGUUAACAUAAUGGGAUAAGAUUUCUCUGUGAGACAUUCGGAAUAUUGCGAUAAUGUUUUAACAUUUUACCUGCCCUUCAAACAACGCAUUUCCUAUUUCUUCUUUCCAUUAAACCAUACAUUUUACCAAUACACAAGCGCGUUGUAAAUAUGAACUGUUAGGGGAAACUAUACCUAAACAACCAGACGCGUCAUGACACGACCCUUCAGAAAAUGUACCCUUCAUUACAAACCGAAAAUAGACACACACACAUACACAUCUAACAUUCAACGUACAAGGACGAUUCUGAACUGGUCCGAAAUUCAAAGGACUCAAACGAAGAGUAAAGCGAGUACCUACAUCAGUAUGAUACUGAUGCGUCGCUAGUUACACUCUCAGCACAAUAUGCCGUUUGUAGGUUUCGUUGAUGUUUCGACAAAAUUCGAAGGGUAGAAUGGUUUUUUUGCCAGGAAUGUAAUGACCAGGAAGCGAUACGCCUGCGUUGAUGUUGACUUGUUUCAUUGACUAUUUAGCGCUGCAACUAUAAGCAACCAAUGUUGCAAUGUUGCUGACGUAUUAGUUAAUAAAUCUGUACAGUGUUCUGUACACCUUCUCAAAUAUGUUGAAACACUGGAAACUUCUCAAAGUAUCUUGGAUCAUGCAAAUCAUAAAUGGUAAUUAUGCAUAAAAAUACAGUGAAACGCACUUCAGUGUUGUUGUGUGUUCAAUUUUUUUCGUCUAAGUGGAAUGCUAAGGUUAAUUUCUGUGGGUCAAUCAUCGGUUCCUACCCUGAUAGUUCCGCCCUACAAAUAAAUCCUAACUCAUCCCAAUCAUGUGUGGGCACAUGAUUGCAACAGCAAGAUGAAAAAUGCAUCAUUCUGCUGGUAAUAAAUUGGAUGCCAACAAUAAUCCUACAUCAUUUACGCACACUCCGUACGGUAUAUUACAGUUAGUUUACUUCAUUCUUUAAAGUUAUGUGAAGUUUGUCACGUACAACCAGGCAUUCGUUUUGUUGCUAUUUAUUUGAUAUAAGGCUCUGCACACCCCUAUCUAGCAACCUACAUCCAACACGAUGUUUUUUUUCGUCUAUGGCAAUAGCCACACUGCAACGGUAACAACACUGGUCGAUUUAUCUUGUUGUCUCUUGUCAAUACGCAAAUGACACUUUCUAGCUAACUAGUGCAACAACACUGAAAGCACUGCUGGUUUGCACUUUUCAUCACAUAUAGGGGUUUCUUUUUAAUUACACACCAUUUCUAGCAUUAUCAUACCCUAACUCACCUAGUUAUUUACGGUUGAUUAACGUUCAAGAAGUGGAGUAAUUAUCACGGACAAGAUUCCUCCAGCAACCCGCUUGGUUUCAGCUUUCAACAAGCAUAAAUCCAAAGCAAAUGCCAGCGCCGCUUAAAACAGACUAUUAUGUCGUUGACUCGCGAAAAGGUGUCACUGAAGUACAAAAAAAAAUUGCUGAUUCUCAUUUUCACACAUGCCACAACCGAUGGUAUGUUUUUUUUGUGUCGGCUCAAAUGGGAUUUAUAGGGAAGUAGGAAUUUGAUUUUACUCAUAAAUUUCGAAAGCAAUGAAUUAUAAAAGUUGUGUUUCUUUAGUUUUAAAAUAUAACUUUGAACACGAGGGUAUCUUGCGUCGUUCCUUUUAAGAUUAUAGUUUACUUAACUUACACGAAUAAAAGCCCUGAAUCGAACGGGGGUUUCCACUUGUUAAAUAAAUGUAACUUUAAAUUAUAUUCAUCAACAAACAUAAUCUUUAUCCCUACCUCUCCGAGAUCAUAUGACUUGCACACACAUGGGCAAGAUUUUGUUAGCGUCGUUUGUCGCUUUUGGUGCAUCGGAACAGAGCGUGAUCGUUGUAGUUGUCGUCAACUCUCUGCAACUCUCUGCAGUGGUCGACCCUGUACAUGAUGCUGCAAGACUUUGGUAACCAACCGCUAAACGAGUUUGUCGUUCAACAUCUCUUUAUGCAUUACGCCCGAACGAACAGGGCUCUGGCCCGUGAGUAAACGCAUAAAAAUGCGUUGAGCAAAUUGAUCUGCUAGGUUUGCACGAUCAUUUCCUUUAUGCAUACAUAAAGCAGACAAAACGGUUAAAAAUUCUGAGCUGUAUAUAAAAUGAGGGAACAAUUGGAAAACGACAACAGUUGCGUCAAUUUCAGUAUCCUCACUAGAACUAAACUGAUUCAUCACAAAGAAAGAGUUGGAACUUUGAUCUUUUGCUGCUGAUUGUGCUGCUACUAUUCCGGUUUUAUGCGCAGAGGAUCGCGGGAUGCAUUCGCUCAAAAGACCAUAGAUGUAUCGGCAUGGCAACAAAGAGCAGUGCGCUCUUCCCGUGUUGCGUUCCAUGCGCUCUGCUGUCUUUCAAGCUCAGCACCCAGGCACGGAAUGCGAUGGAAGGAGUCGCAAACACAAACAGCAGAAAUGAUUUAUCGUUACAGCAGCGCCGUGUGUUCCAAGUAGGAAAAAAACUGCGGCUUCUCAAUUCCGUUCAGAUAUGAUGUCGAACGAACGAAAAAUGCCGCAGCAUUGGAAACGUAGGAAGGAACGAUCGAUAAAUGAACGAACAAAGAGAAAGAACGAAAGCAUGGAGAGGAAAGUAAGGUACAGAGAUGUACGAGGAAAAGAAAACAUAAGACAUACCAAGCGAAGGUAAAGUUCUUCCUUCGACGGCAAAGGCAACGAAGAAGCACUGCAGUGUGGGGUCGACGGACGCCAUAUUGUCAUGUUUUACGAUCGAGAGCUCGUGUCGGUUGAGAAUAAAUUUGAGCCAUCUAACGUUAAACAUUGGAAAAAGAGCAGACCUCGAAAUGGUCUUAUUUAUACUGAACUUAUCCAUCGCGUUGUAAGUUUGUUUAUAAACUGCAAAACAUUCCAUGCCAUUUAUUGUUAAUCGUAACAUACUACCGUCAAACCUUCAAGGCACUGUUAUGACAUUGCGGCAAAGCCUUUCGUCUUGAACGAUAACCUUUUAUAGUCCUUCGCUUGUAGGUUUUCUUAUCAAACACAACAAGAAUCGAAUGUAAAGAUCAUCUCAUCUUAUUUUAAAACGUCUGAACGUUUGAAACUAAUGACUUUAAUAAAUUCCUAACCCCGAAAACCAUACAUCCAUUCUUAUCAGCGUUAGUACCAUCUUUUAAAUUGUAUAUUUUCAGCCAAACCCAAAAGCCUUACAUCAUUAUGCACAUGAAACAAUGCUUCAUUCUGUAGCAAACCCAAAGGAAUUGUGCUUAUCAGUGAAAUUAUCACUAAAACUUUACAACCAUUUCCCGACCCAGCUCGAAACGGAAAUUUCCAUUUCCUGUAUCCACAGUGCAAAUUUGGGCGCAUGCUACGUUACAGAAUCAAAAUUUCUUCAUUUUCUCGCAUUACCCAUUUGCAUUGAGUAUACUGCAUUUAGUUUGCCCUUGCCCUUGCAUGAAACGAACAAAACACUUCAUUCGUUUCCCGUUGUCUGUCUUAUUUAACUCAGCAAAUUCGCUUCGUAUGUAUCGUUACCGACUAAUUAACGAUGACACCAAUGGGAAAAAACUGAUAAGCGUUUCAUUCAUCGCGACCAGCGAUCAUGUUUCUCAUUGCGCGCUUCAACACAAUAGCGAAAUAGCGAAAAUUUAUUACAUCCACCUUGUUUGCUGAACAGAAAACCACGUGCUGAAUGGUUCUACAGCAUUGCACAGCACAGCUUUGGGUGCGUCUUUUUCGCGAUACCCCACAAAUAGUGUCAUGUGUCGCCGGACAUAUAAAGCUGUGCUGAGUGAUCUACAACAUCACAUGGAGAACGCAUUGCUAGAGUCGUCGUUUUUGUGCUUCUCUUUCACGCACAUCCGUUCAGGACACGGUGGUACAAUUAAAAACGUGCCAAAUAAUCGUGAGAGCCUCAUUAUCAACACAAAUGGUUUCAACAACAGCGAAAAAAAAGUGCUAUGUUGGAUUCGCAAAACGAGAGCACCUCAGCAUGUGUGGAGUGGUAGUUCAUCAACACUUCAGCACUUCAAAAAAAAUUCGAAAAGUGAUCGUGACUGGACGGUGAUAGCUUUUGUAAACGUACCACCAUACGAUUCAAACACUACGAUCCUUUUUUUGUUGAAAUACUUUUGAGUGCCAUCGCGCAUGUGUGUAUUACGUUGCGCAAUGUUUAUGUGCUAUUCAAAUUUGAACGAAACGUAAACGUAUGGCAAUCUAAAUGGGAAACAAAUAUUUGGUCAACUACUCUUAGCACUUUUUUUUGGAGAGUAUUGCUUUUAAAAUUUAACACAAAAAUGUUGCCAUAUUUAUUGUGGUACAGUCCAAGAAGAAUGCGAAAUGUUUAUUUCAAGCGAAGAUUGAAAGGAAAUUUAGAAUUUUAAUUCAUUCGUUUCACGACCAGUCAAAUUUAAAAACAGUCUAUUUCACUUGCAUCAACAACAAUGUCAACUGCUUCUGUCGCUUUAAUUAUUAAUAUUAUUGAAAUGAAUUGCUGUUGGAAAACAAAUUUACAUUUUUAUUAAUCAAACAAUCAGCAACACCAGAUUAAUCCUGCUUAGUGAUAUAUUUCAUUUGGUUGUAUAUAUUUUUGUGUUAUCCUACUUAUUUGUUUCUCCCAUACUAGUAUUCAAAAGAACCCCUGAAUAGCGUCACUUGCAAGAGCAGGUUGUUUCGUUGUUUUUGUGCUUCUGAUAACGUAACUUCAAAUUUAAAACCCAACCACAGCGACAACCGCAAAUGUGCUGAACCCAUAACAAACCCGUUGCAUCAGAAUUAAUAUGCAAUACGAAACCACGUUACUCCCCUAAGUUCGUUCGCGCAACAGUCAGGUGUGCUAUUCCGCAGCCCUAUACAACAAAGUGAAGUGUCACGAUGACACUUGACAGAAGUAAGCGUCCACGAUCGUAUGCACAGCUGCCAAACGCAAUUACCCGUGAUUCCACGUGAUUUUGUAUGGGGCUGGGGUUUGAAUUGGAUUAGAGCAGAACUGCAUUCAACCUUGGGUGAUGGAUUGAUCUGAUGAAACAAUGAAUUUGACAUUGAAGGUGCCGCUGCAUUUUGCGCUGUCAGUUAGAUCCAGCACAGCUAUUUUAACAGGCAACAUUGAUCGAUUCUUUCGAAUCCAGGCUCAAAACAACAUUAAAGAUCAACCAUGGCUGUGUUUGGACUCGUCUCAGCCGUGGCUGGGUUCGUGAAGGUGCGAUACCUGCAGGAUAAGGCCAUUAUUGAUAAUAUGGUGUUCCGGUGUCACUAUCGCAUAACCAGUGCGAUCCUAUUUGCGUGCUGUAUUAUCGUAACUGCUAACAAUUUGAUUGGCGAUCCGAUAUCCUGCAUAAACGAUGGAGCCAUUCCCGGGCACGUGAUUAACACCUACUGUUGGAUCACAUACACGUUCACAUUGCCCGGUCAGCAUGGACGCAGGAUGGGCACGGAAGUGGCCCAUUCUGGUCUCGGCAAUGACAAUCAGGAACGAACGUACCACAGUUACUACCAGUGGGUGCCGUUCAUGCUGUUCUUCCAGGGACUUUUGUUCUACGUGCCACACUGGAUCUGGAAAAACUGGGAAGAGGGUCGCAUGCGUAUGAUCACCGAAGGAAUGCGAGGUGUUUCAACAGCAAGUCCUGCAGAGCGCAAAGCGCGUCAUGAUCGUUUAGCACAAUAUCUGUAUGACAGUGCCAACACGCAUAACACAUAUUCAUUCGGUUAUUUCGUUUGCGAAGCACUCAAUUUCAUUAAUGUGGUGGGCAACAUUUUCUUUGUGGACAAGUUUUUGGGUGGUGCUUUCUUAACCUACGGUUCAGAUGUACUAAGGUUCUCUAAUAUGAACCAAGAAAAUCGUUCCGAUCCUAUGAUCGAGAUAUUCCCAAGAGUGACUAAGUGUACGUUCCACAAAUAUGGUUCUUCAGGUAGCAUUCAGAAGCAUGACGCACUCUGCGUACUGGCUCUCAACAUUUUGAAUGAAAAGAUUUACAUUUUUCUAUGGUUCUGGUUCAUUAUUCUUGCGGUUGCCUCCGGUUUAGCCAUCGUUUAUUCUGCUGCUAUCGUCAUGAUGCCGACGACGCGAGAAGCUGUACUGCGACGCCGCUUCCGCAAAGCAGAUCCUGGUGAUGUUUGCAAUCUUAUUCGUCGUGUGCAGAUCGGUGAUUUCCUCAUGAUUCACCUACUUGGCCAAAAUCUCAAUGUUACCUCGUACGGUGAGAUGCUGCACUCUUUUAUCAACAUGCUGGACGAGGGUCGACCAAUCUCGGGUGAUACUCCUUCGGCCCCAUCGACGCUCGAAAUGGCUCCCAUGUAUCCGGCGAUCGAGAAAUACGACAAGGAAAAGGAGGUAUUGCAUCAGGACUACGAAGCUUAAAUAAUGCCUGUCUUCAGUAGUGCGUGAGAAAACGUGAUCAGAAAGUUACGCUAGAGCUACGUAUAUUCGACAAGUAAGAUUCUGCUGAACUCCGCGUCUACAACGGUGUAAACGAAGAUGUUGUAGUUUAAGGAAACAAGAUCAAUCAAGCUACUUCUCAAUUUUAAAUUUAAAGUAAUCAUCCUAAACACAACGUAAGAUUAAACUAAGUUGUGGGAAUAAUCAUUGCCGAUGGUGUUUUGGCAAGGUUUGCCAGAUUCAUUAUUGAGGUUAGCGUAGCGAUUGUAUUAAAAAAGUAAGGAAUAUAAGGCAAACAAUAAUGCGCAUUUUAAUGAUUUAUAUCAGAAUGGUGAAACAUUACCCACAGUGGAAUAUUUCUCCUUCCGAUAAAUAAGUUAAUAAGGUAGAACAAGCAACAGAAGACUGUCAUGUGGUGUACUAUGUGUUUAAUUUUUUUUAGUAUCCAGCUAUACGCAAGGCUAACAUUUAUUUUAUCAAUUUUUAAAUAAUUUUUUUGAGCAACGUCCAAAUUAUAGCAUUUUUGCAAUCGUAAGAAAUAAAGCAGAAUAUUAAUAUCAAUAGAAAAUUAAUCUCUCGUUUUCGGUAGGAUUCGGUUAUGCAUAUCGACGGCAAUAUAAAAUUCACUCAACAUGAAAUAAAUUAAUCUUACAUCCAAUGCCAUAGUAAAACAAGUCCUGUAACGCAUACUGUAAGCAUAAAAGACCAUACACAUAAACGAUUUUAUAACAGCAUUCACAGUAGAGAUAAUAUGUACCCAUGUAGGAAUAAUCGAAAUUCAAAAACCAAUCAUUUUAAGCAUAAGAAAUUUUGAUCUUUGCGAUGAACACUCAAAAUGUAGAUUUUAGACACAUUUUAUCUCAUUGAAAACCGUAAACAAACUGCCUUACGAUAAACAUAAGCACUGUUUAAAAUUUGUUACAAUUGUAGAUCUUCAGUACAUAUGUAUCAUACUGAAUAGGCACACAGUAAGAUAACAUGUUCACUUCAAUAAUUUUCACAGACUUCGUACUCGGAUAAAAUAACGCCAUUUCACUACAAUCAAUACAAGAGCUGAAACAUUUUUCGUCAUUGUUAGAGUAUUAUUGCCCAUUUCGUAGUUUCGAUGCGGUACGAACUAAUACGAUUCAUUCAGUAUAUUUGGUUAGGAACGAUGUGUUACAUUCCGUACUUCUAGAGUACCCUCAGUCAAGGAAAGUAGAAUUGAAAAUAAACUCCUCGCCUGACAAAUCUCGACAACACUGUUAUGGCAGCAUUAAUUAAAAAUACUUUUAGGAUUUUUAGAUAGUCACAUCAGUCAAAAGUACAGUCGCUUCUGUAGAAAAAAUGAAACAUUUGUGUUUAGCGUAUGGUCACUAAUGCAAUGAAAAACGUAAGCAAUAACCUACGAACAGAAACUUUGGCAAGUAAUUUAUAUAUUAUAUGCUUGCCCACAUGGUCAUCUGCUGAACAAAUCAUCAAAUUGACCGAAGAUGUAAUGAUUUGUUCAUACACAGGGUCAAAAAGGAACGUGAAGUAGGAAAGAUCAAGAAUGAGCGCAAACAAUUUUGCAUACUCUAAUUGUGAUUACUUUGAUAAAAUUAAGAGAAAAAACUAAUAAAGCUUAUCUAGGUUUUGAAUA